AUGAGUGGCAUUUCAGUACCUGUUUUUACAAUUGAUUUAAAUCAUACAAUUCUAAUCGGAAAAGUUACAAUUGGCAAAUAUGAUGGCACACAUCCAUGUUUAACAGCCGUUACAAACUCCGAUAAGAUUUUAAUACAUAGUCCACAUAGAAGAUCAGCUCUGGCUACGGGACGUAUAACAUGGUCACAUGCAAACAAAGAAGUGGCAUUUUUAAACAUGUCACAAACAAUUACGGCUAUUUUAGCUGCAAAAGUUUUACCAAAUGAUGAACGUGAUAUGCUUAUUAUAGGUUCGCCAUCGCACAUUCUGGUAUAUAAUGUGCAUGAUAAUAGAGACAUAUUUUAUAAAGAAUGUGUAAAUGGCGUAAAUGCAAUUACCGUUGGAAAUUUUGGUCUAAGUACUACACCAAAUAAUAAAAAUCAAUUGAUAUUUGUUGGUGGUAAUUGUUCAAUACAUGGCUUUGAUCAUAGUGGUAAUGAAAUAUUUUGGACUGUAAUUGGUGAUAAUGUCACUGAUAUGAUUAUUUAUGAUUUUAAUAACGACGGCGAAAAUAAAUUGGUUGUAGGUUCAGAAGAUUUUACCAUACGUGUUUUCAAAAAUACAAACGUAAUAUCAGAAUUACAUGAAACUGAAACUGUGAACACGUUAUCAAUAUUACCUGAUCAUCGAUUUGCCUAUGGUGUGGGUAACGGAACAAUUGGUGUUUAUGAACAAGAUAUUCGACUUUGGCGUGUUAAGUCGAAAAAUAAUGCCAUUGCAAUACGGAGCUUUGAUUUAUUGGGUCAUGGAUCUGAACAAUUAAUAACUGGAUGGUCAAAUGGGAAAAUUGAUGUACGUACGAUACAAACAGGUGAGGUAUUAUAUAAAGAACAUUUUGGAAAAUCAAUUGCUGGUAUUGUGGAAGCUGAUUAUCGUGGUGUUGGAAAAGCUGAUUUAAUUUGUAUAACAAUUGAAGGCGAAGUACGUGGAUACGCAACAAGUCCAACAAUGAUUGUAACUAGUACAAGCCAUUUAAGCGAGAAUGAGAUUAUCAGUGAUUUAUUUACGAGAAAACAAACAUUAUUGCUAGAGUUACGGCAUUAUGAAGGAAAUUUAAAAUUUAACAAUGAUUUAGAAGGGCAAUCAAAUCGAACAGGAAUUAUUCAGGAUAAUGUCGGUGUAAUACCAGCAAAUACACGUCUUCAAAUUGGAAUUUCCACCGAACUAAAAACAAGCAAGCCACAUGUGGAUAUAUCAAUUUCAACAAAUAAUUCAACAAUUAUUCGGGCUGUAAUGAUUUUCGCUGAAGGUAUAUUUGAAGGAGAGACAUUAGUUGUACACCCUAAAAAUACACAACUAGCAAGUAUGAUUCGAAUACCAAUUUAUCCGCCAAAAGAUGUGCCUGUUGAUAUUCAUAUUAAAGCUUUUGUCGGUUAUCCAGAUAGCAUACAAUAUCACGUAUUUGAAUUGACAAGACAAUUACCCAAAUUUUCUAUGUAUGCUUUAUUAACGGAUGAUGAAGUUCUGGAAUAUACUAGAAAAUUGAAUACACAAUCGAAAUUAUUUGAUAGUUAUGUUGAAUUUCGGGUAAAUGAACGUUUACCCAGAAUUUGUAUAUGGAUUAAUCAAAAUUUUCUUUUGCCAAUUGAUGUGGAACCAGAUAUGGGAUUGGAUCCAGAAAAAACGCCAGAUUUUAUAUUAACAAUGAUUGCAUUACGUACGAAAUCAUUGCUACGAAUUCAAGUAGACAUUUCUGGUAAAUUUCGUAUAAGUACUGAAGAUAUGUUAUUAGCAACAGAUUUGAUACAAUCUCUAGCAGUAUUUUUAAAUCUUAGUGAAUUGCAGGUGAAAGCAUCAUUUCCAAAAGAUGAAGAAUUAUUACGCAGUCUAUUUGAUAAAUUAAUCCAACUACAAAAUGUAAAAUUACAUUUAGGUACUGAUAUUGCUGAUAAAUUGGGACAAAUCAGAGAAUUGGUAUUGCGUGCAGAAGAUGCUCGUUUAAAUGAUUUAAAGGAAACUGCAAAGCAUUAUAAUCAAUUAAAAAUUAUAAACGAAGAAUUAAUCACUGGUUAUAAUAUACGAUUAUCAAAUUACAACGAAUGCCAGGAUACAAUUAAAAAAAUUAAUUUAAUUAUUCAACGUUCAUCUCGAUUACGGGUUGGAAAAUAUGCAAGCAAUGUUGUAAACGCUUGUAAAAUAGCAAUUAAAAACAAUAAUGUGGAUGCUUUAAUUAAAAUAAUGCGGUUGGGAGAUGCUUAAAUAAAGUUUAAAAAUAUAAAUGGAACACUUACGAAGCGAAAUUCUGCUUUCGGUGUUGAAUUU